GCAGCCCCAACCCAAAAAAACCGCAGCCCACGACCCAAAACAACCGAAGAACCGAACAUCACUCGCGUGUUUGCAUCGAAACUCCAGAGAGAGUGAGAGAGAGAGAGAGAGAAUGAAGUUCACAGACUCGCCGGUGAUCGAGCUUCCGGUGGGAAACGGCAUUCUGUCUCUGCAGCAAGACAAUGGCUCCAUGCACGUGGGAACCUCCGUGUGGCCAUGCUCCCUCGUCCUUGUCAAAUUCGUCGACCGCUGGGCCCAACCCUCCCUAAACAACCCUUACGCGCACAUUCUCCACUUCGCAGGCAAACGCGCCGUCGAAAUCGGCACCGGUUGCGGCGUCGCCGGCAUGGGGCUUUACUUACUGGGUCUAACGGACCUCGUCCUCACCGAUAUCGCCCCUGUGAUGCCCGCACUGAAACGGAACCUGAAAGUCAACAAGCCACUACUCCGCAAAACCCUAAAACACUAUGUUCUAUACUGGAACAAUCCUCAACAGAUCUCUUCGCUUAACCCUCCCUUCGAUUUCGUUAUCGCCACCGACGUCGUUUACAUCGAGGAAUCCGUUCCUUCUUUGGUUUCCGCCAUGGAAACCCUAGUCUCUGACGACGGCGUCGUUUUGCUUGGCUACCAGCUUAGGUCCCCCGAGGCGCACAAACUCUUCUGGGAAUUGUGCGAUGAGGUGUUUGACAUUGAAAAAGUGCCUCACGAGCAUCUUCAUCUUGAUUAUGCGUAUGAGGAGACUGAUGUUUUUCUGUUGAGAAAGAAGAAGAAGAAACAGUGACGGACUUUCGGUGGCUUGGAGUUGAUAAACUUGAUUGAACUACAAGUCAAUUAACACCAUCACUAUUGACGCAGUAUUCAACUAUUUUAUUUUAGUACAAUCAUUCUACACAAGAAAACAGCUGAAGGACAUCGAGGAUGGAGAGUGGUCUGUCACCGAUGCGAAAACGCAAGACCGAGAAGAAGAUGUAGAUGAAGCUAAGCUGGCUGUUCGUGUGUGUACUUAGUUCAUUUUGUAUAGAAAGAUAAUUUUUCAUUUUUUGCAUCUUGGAAUAUAAUUAAUAAUGGUUAAUCGAUCAUGAUUGUUAUGAAGUCUAAACUUGAA